AUGUCUUCUCACGCUAAACCCGAGUACGAGUUUGGCGGACCGCUUGGCGCAAGCGCCAUCGUUCUCGGCCUUCCGGUUCUCCUGUAUGUCUUCGCUUUUGGCUGCAAUGACAUCGCCGGUUGUCCCGUGCCCUCGCUCCUGCACCCUCAAAAUCUUGACUGGGAGAAGCUGCGCUUGGAGACCGGCUGGCCCAGUCAGGGUAUCUUGGAUCUUUUCAGCUUGAAGGUUACAGGCAUCGUACUUGGAUACUAUCUCCUGAGCCUGUUUCUCGACAAGGUGCUUCCUGCCCAAGAGGUGUACGGUACGAAGCUAGUUCACCAUGGACGCCCACUCAAGUAUCGUCUCAAUGCAUUCUCGACAUCCCUGGUACAGCUGGCAGCCUGCGCCAUUGGAACAUACCUGCAAGGCGCCGACUUCUUCGUCUGGACUUACCUCGCGGAAAACUACGUGCAACUGCUUACCGCCAAUAUUCUGGUCGCAUACGCCCUGUCCCUCUACGUGUACCUCCGCAGCUUCAGCGUAAACACCAACUACCCAAACCCAGAUAUGCGCGAGCUCGCGACCGGCGGCAACACUGGCAGCGCCAUCUACGACUUCUACAUCGGACGUGAACUCAACCCGCGCGUCACUCUCCCCUUCUUUGGCGAGAUUGACAUCAAGACCUGGUGCGAGAUGCGGCCUGGGCUGACGGGCUGGCUGCUCCUCGACCUCGCCUUCGUCGCGCAGCAGUACCGCAACUACGGCUUCGUCACCGACAGCAUCGUCUUCACGGCCUGCGUGCAGGGCUGGUACGUGCUGGCGGGCCAGUGGAGCGAGGCGGGCGUGCUGACCAUGAUGGACAUCACCACCGACGGCUUCGGCUUCAUGCUGUGCUUCGGCGACCUCGUGUGGGUGCCCUUCCUCUACUCGACCCAGUGCCGCUACCUCGCCGCCCACCCGGUGCGCCUCGGCCCCGCCGGCGUCGCCGCCGUCACUGCCGUCUUUGCCCUCGGCUUGUACAUCUUCCGCGCUGCCAACGCCCAGAAGAACGUCUUCCGCACCCGUCCCGAGGACCCCAGCGUCAAGGAUCUGUCAUUUAUUCAGACGAAGCGCGGCACCAGGCUACUAACCGCCGGCUGGUGGGGCAUGUCGAGGCAUAUCAACUACUUUGGCGACUGGCUGCAGGCGUCGCCGUUCAGCAUGCCUACCGGCUUCGCGGGCUACACUAUCCUGCCGGCUGGCGGCGCAGCUGCGGCCGAGCAUGUGUACAAGAUGCUCGAUGGACGCGAGGUCGUGCAGGGAGAGGCCAGGGGCUGGGGUACUCUGUUCACGUACUUUUACGUGCUCUACUUCGCCAUUCUGCUGAUGCAUCGCGAACGGAGGGACGAUGUCAUGUGUUCGAAGAAGUACGGAGAGGACUGGGAGAAGUACAAGAAGAUGGUGAGAUGGAGGAUCUUGCCUUGGGUCUACUGA